AACGACUUUGGUAUCAUCAACACUCGAGUGGUUGGAAUCUCAUGAUCCCAUAAUUCGGACACAGGUUUUAUGGCAGUUUGGUAAAUAAAGGAAGAAGGUAGUCCUCUAGUGAAAGGCAGCCACGUGUCAACUCCUUAUCUUCUCCUUCAGAUAAGAUGGCAUCCUUCUCCACAAUCACUAGAUACUCGCUCCAAUCUCCACUGUCUAUCGCCUUCUUUUCUUUCAAUCCUAGCCGUUAAAUCCCCCCCAAAAUCCCUCCUCAAAUUUCAUGUAAUCUCUCUGGCUCUCUCUCUCUCUCUCUCUCUCUCUAUCUCAUCACCACUAACACCUCGAGCAUCAACCAUCGCCGCUAGAAUGGCCGCCGCCCUGCAGCAAACUCCUAACACCUACCGCUCUCGCUCACCGCCGUCCGCUCAGCUCCAAUCCAAACCGACGAUCAAGCUCUCCCUCUCAUCCAACCUCACGCUCCCGAAGCUCAGCAUCAAGCGCCUCCCCCGCCGCCGCGGAGGCGGAGCAUCCGGCGCCAGAAUGGCCGACUCCGCCGCCGGAAGCUACGCCAACGCGCUCGCUGACGUCGCCAAGUCCAACAACACCCUCGACCAAACCUCCGCGGACGUGGAGAAGCUAGAGAAGAUCUUCUCCGACGAGCAAGUGCUGGGCUUCUUCACCAACCCCAUCGUCGACGAGGAAAACAAGCGAAAAAUGGUCGACGAGAUCGCGAAAACGUCAAGCCUGCAGCCGCACGUAGCGAACUUCCUCAACAUCUUGGUGGACAUGAAGCGGAUCGAUCUAAUAAAGGAAAUCGUGAAGGAAUACGAGUUGGUGUACAACAAACUGACGGAGACGGAGCUGGCGAUCGUCACGUCUGUGGUGCAAUUGGAGUCGCAGCAUCUGUCGCAGAUCGCGAAGAAGGUGCAGCAGUUGACGGGGGCGAAGAAUGUCAGAAUCAAGACGGUGAUCGACCCGUCUCUGGUUGCCGGGUUCACGAUCCGGUACGGAAACUCAGGGUCGAAAUUGAUUGACAUGAGCGUGAAGAAGCAGCUUGAGGAGAUUGCUGCUCAGCUCGAUCUUGGGGACAUUCAAUUAGCUGUAUGAUUUAUCUUGUUUUAAUUUUCCUUUUUCCCCCCUCAAUUUUUGGCAAGGAUAUACUUUGAUAAUUUCCAUGUGUAAGCAUAGAAUUUGGAUCGACUUAUGAUUUUUUUUUUUUUCUUUCUUGAGAAUAUGUGUCAAAAUGUUGUUGUCCAAAUAUAUAAUUCGUAUAUAAUGCGGGUAUAAGAUCAUGGGCUUGACUCCUGCUUAUUUCUUAUCU